AUGGACUGCGCGACACGCUAUACGUACCAUGCAGGAUUGGUUCCUGCUGCAAGUACCUUGUACCCCGAACGUCGUUGGGAGCUCGCCGAUAAGAUAAGGAGCUUUGGCAACUCGUCGCAAAAUUUCCCGGCGCUGGCCCCGGAGGUGAACAUCGAAAGCUUCGAUCGUCCACAAUCCUUGGAAAACCAGUCCAAGAUGCUGUCUUGCAAAGCGUGCCUCAGACGAGCGCUUCAGCCAAUCUCCAGCAAGUCCCCUUUCCCCGAAGCAUCCGCUACAAUCCCGGCCCUCCAACAUGGCCUCCCGGUGCACCAUCAGCUCCAGCAACGAUCCCACACCACAGCCUCCGGGGCCGCUUUCCUGAAGGAGGCGCGGAAAAGCCCAGGAAACCCCGAAGAUGCCGACGACGUCGCCGAGAAGACCAGGAGGCGCAAGCUAGAAUGGGCCGUUGACCAGCACCUCAAACAUAUGGACGACCCCUUCAAGAUCGCCCAGCGCGUCGAGGCGACCCUCAAGAAGGACCGCUUCGACGAGGCCCUCCUCCUCGUCCACCGCUCCAGCAAGACCAAACAGGUCGUUGUGGCCUGGAACCACCUGAUCGAGUACCAGAUCCGCGACAAGAAGCGCGUCAACGCCGCCAUCAAGCUCUUCAACGACAUGAAGAAACGGGGCCAGCUGCCCAACGACCGCACCUACACCAUCCUCCUCAGCGGCUGCGCCAAGUCGCUCGACCCGAAAGCCGCCGUGCCCAAGGCCGUCGCCCUCUACAACUCGCUCCUCAAGGAGGGCUCGACCGUGCGCGCCAACUCGUUCCACCUCAACGCCGUGCUCCAGGUCUGCGGCCGCGCGGGCGACGUCGACGCCAUGUUCUCCAUCGCCGACACGGCCGACGCCCGAGCGGGCCGCAAGACCACGGCGUACACGUACACGGCCAUCAUCAACACCCUGCGCGCCGAGGCAGAGAACCCGGACAAGCAGAAGGGCCGGUCCCUUCAGGAGACCAUCGACGCGACGGCGCAGACGAUCAAGAGGUGCAAGGCCAUCUGGGAGGAGAUCAUGCGCAACUGGCGCAAGGGCGCCCUGGACCUCGACGAGGACCUGAUCUGCGCCAUGGGCCGCGUGCUGCUCCUCGGCGGCAGGAAGGAAAAGGCCGAGAUCAUGCCCCUGCUCGAGGAGACCAUGAGCGUCCGUGACAUGACGCGCGAGAAGCCCGACAAGGACUACCCCUGCGCAUGA